CGGUGUGAAGAAGACACGCGUGGUCUGCAGUCGCGCAGACCUUGCAGCAGAAGAGGCAGGACUGAGACCCGCAGCCCUGAUGUCGGUGAGCUGAAGCAUGGAUGCAUCUCCACGGCGGGCAUUCCGCCGUCGGCACAGGACUUCUUAUCUGUGGAGAAAAACGGAGCCUCGUCUGCCCAUAGAGAGAAAUAUGUGGACCACCCACUGCUGGAGGCGAUUUUAAAGUCCUAUGACAAGAUGCCUGAAAAAUUUCAAUCAAUUAGGGUCUGAAUCAUGGGAAACGUUGAGAGCCAAAACGGGUACCAUGGCUUCUACAGCACUGGACGUGGCUAUUUGUCACGUAAACACAUGUCUAGAUCCCUUCGCAUCUCCAAUAAACAGCCCAGACGUUCUCGUCAUGCUUCAUCUGGAAAAAUAGAGCACAGGAACUCAGAGACCAGCACACGCUCAAGUAGCACCCCAAGCAUCCCUCAGUCCCUGGCGGAAAAUGGCCUGGAACCCUUUAAUGAGGCCGAUAUCCUUCCAAGUUUUGGAAGUCCGAUUUGGGUGGAUCGUGUGGCCAUGAGCCUGAGGCCUCUGUCGUUUCACAAUGAUCUGGCUAAUCCUUCAGUGCACAUGAACACAAUGCACAUAACUCUACCCGGUCCCACAGCAGAGGAGGCACAAGAUGAAGAUGAGUACACAGCUGAUGUUAAGUAUCUGCAGAAGACUUGCUCCAAAGAGACCGUCAGCUUCAAAAAGAGGUCCAAAUCAGCAGACAUGUGGCGAGAUGACAGUCUGGAGUUCUCCCUGUCUGAUGCCAGUCAGGAUCACUUGACCAGCACUGAGGAGAUCAUUGACAUGGCCAACGAGGGAGACUUCACUGACUGUGAAGGCCACCUCCAGUCCAUCCCCACAGACUCCACAGACAGGGCCAACUCUCUGGAUGAGCUGUACAGCAACACCGGUCCCACUCGGAGGCAGCCCCACAGCCGCUACGCCAAGUGGCAAGACACUAACAAGUCGGUCAGAGAGAGUGACGAUGAUAAGAUACUGUCCCCAUCAGAAGAGGACGGGAGCUCCUACGGUGCCUAUACUCUUCCCUGCCGACGAUCCCACUGCCUGUCUGAGGGCCUGAGCACCCAUGAAGCCGCAACGUGUGCCAGUAUGCAGGGCAGGAGGGCACAGACCAUACAGGAUGUCACAGGUGGAGAAGGCAGCGAGUAUGAGGACAGUGGAAUCGACGGGGUGAUGCUGGGGGAAGAGCACCAGUCUAGGCGCUACAAGACCAUGUCGGCCUCCUUCUCUGUUUACUCCAUGCAUGGCAGGAACAUGUUCGCUGGCAGUGACAGUGGGAGCAGUGGCGGCGGGGGCGCCACAGAACGUGUCCAGGGCGUGUAUGAGAACUUCCGCCAGGAGCUGGAAAUGAGCUCCUGCCAGACGGAGAGCAUCGAAGAAGCAGGCUCCGCCCUGAGUGACGAGCAGAGCACGAUGACCUCUGCCUACCAAUCAGAUCUGCUGCUCAGUGUUGUCCAGGGAAUGGUUCGGAAAGCUGGCAAACUGGCGGUCAAGAAUUUCCUUGUUCAUAAGAAAAACAAGAAAGUGGAAUCAGCUACAAGACGCAAGUGGAGAAGUUACUGGGUUUCCCUGAAAGGAUGCACCCUUUUCUUUUAUGAGACCGAUGGCCGCUCAGGCAUUGACAACAACAGUAUUCCCAAGCAUGCCAUAUGGGUGGAGAACAGCAUUGUCCAGGCUGUGCCAGAGCAUCCCAAAAAAGACUUUGUGUUCUGUCUUAGCAACUCCUUGGGAGAUGCAUUUCUUUUCCAGACCAGCAGCCAAACGGAGCUGGAAAACUGGAUCACAGCCAUCCACUCAGCAUGCGCCGCUGCCGUCGCCCGUCAGCAUCACAGAGAAGACACAGUUCGACUGCUGCGUUCAGAGAUCAAGAAGCUGGAGCAGAAGAUCGACAUGGACGAGAAGAUGAAGAAGAUGGGGGAAAUGCAGCUCUCAGCCGUCACCGACACCAAGAAGCGGAAGACCAUCCUCGAACAAAUCUUCCUGUGGGAGCAGAACCUGGAGCAGUUUCACAUGGAUCUGUUUCGCUUCAAGUGCUACCUGGCCAGCUUGCAAGGAGGAGAGCUUCCCAACCCCAAACGCCUCCUGGCCUUCGCCUCUCGCCCCACCAAGGUGGCGAUGGGCCGGCUGGGUAUAUUCUCGGUCUCCUCCUUCCAUGCAUUGGUGGCAGCUCGCACUGAAACUGGAGUGCGGCGGCGAACACAGGCCACGUCCCGCUCCUGCAGCAAACGCCGGAGCAGGUUCUCCUCCCUGUGGGGCCUGGACACUACCUCAAAGAAGAAGACAAAAGCUCACCCUUCAGUCAGCCAGGUCUUUGCUGAUGGGGAAGAGUUUGAGAAAAAGCCCCCAGAGUGCACAUAUCUGGAUCAUGUCAAGGAAAACUCAAAAAGCAAGGAGGAAACUGUAAACAAUCUUCCACGACCCAAUACUGAAAGUGAUAUUUGGCUCCCGGACCACCUGACUCCCUCCUGGGUCUGCCUGCCAAAUGAUCACCCUGUUUUAACCAUAGUCCAGCCGGGGGAGUCUGCGCUCUGGGUUCUUGAGUCCAUCUGCAAGGCUCAUGAGCUCGAUCCAACCAAACACUACCUGAGACUGAAAUUUCUCAUUGAAAACCAAGUGCAAUUCUAUAUUCCCAAGCCAGAAGAGGACAUAUGUGAUCUGCUUUACAAAGAAAUCGAGCUGUGCUCCAAAAUAACAAAAGUCAUCCAGUUUGACAGAGAUGAAUCCUGUAUGAUUGGCUAUGGUUUCUCCAUCUCGGUGGUGGAAGAGGACGGUGUGCAGCAGCUCUAUAUAACCGACGUAAAAGCGGGAGGACUAGCCUUUGCAAAAGGUUUAAACGCCGGCGAUGAAAUCCUUCAGCUGAAUGGAAAAGAUUCCCACAGUCUCAAUUUCUCCGACAUGAAGGCGGCAUUCUCUCAAGCUUCGCUGGCUUUGACGGUCAACACUCUGCCCUCUGUUGAGCGCCGGCAGCUCUGCUACCUGCCGCCACGGCGCUCCGACGCGGCAGAAGACCUCUACACUGACAUCUUCUCCCAAAGUCAAGAGGAGAUCCUGGACGACAGAGUAGGACUGCUGCUGGAAGGCUCAGCAGACAGCUUGGAUGAUGACGACGAGAGCUUCAGUGACUUUGAUGAGUGCAGAAAAAGUACAGAGCAGGUCGCUGCCUUCUGUCGCAGUCUCCAUGAUAUGAAUCCCUUGGAUUGCGAGUCCUCUUCGCCCAGCCCGGACUCACCUUUUCCACCCACAGCGACUCUCCGGCAGCUGUCGGAUGCCGACAAGCUCCGCAAAGUCAUCUGUGAACUUGUGGAGACAGAACGCACAUACGUCAAAGAUCUUAAUUGCCUCAUUGGAAGAUAUUUAACCCCUCUGCAGAAAGAGACUUUUCUCACCCAGGAUGAGCUGGAUGUUCUAUUUGGCAAUUUACCAGAAAUGGUGGAGUUCCAGGUUGAGUUCCUCAAGACUCUGGAAGAUGGAACCAGAUUGGUUCCAGAUCUGGAGAAGCUGGAGAGAGUGGAUCAGUUUAAGAAGAUACUCUUUUCCCUGGGGGGCUCUUUCCUUUACUAUGCAGACCGUUUUAAAAUCUACAGUGCUUUCUGUGCCAGCCACACCAAGGUGCCAAAGGUUCUUGUAAAGGCAAAAAGUGACGCCAACUUUAAGGCUUUCCUUGAUGAGCGGAACCCGAAGCAGCAGCACUCCUCCACCCUCGAAUCAUACCUAAUCAAACCCAUACAGAGGGUGCUGAAGUAUCCCCUCCUGCUGAGGGAGCUCUACUCACUCACAGACCCAGACAGUGAAGAACACUACCAUCUGGAUGUUGCUAUGAAAGCCAUGAACAAAGUUGCCAGCCACAUCAAUGAGAUGCAGAAGAUCCACGAAGAGUUUGGAUCAGUGUUCGACCAGCUCAUCACCGAGCAGAGCAGUGAGAAGAAAGAGGUUGCUGAUCUGUCGAUGGGCGACCUGCUGCUUCACAGCACUGUGACCUGGAUCAAUCCACCUGUAUCCUUAGGAAAAUGGAAGAAAGAACCACAGCUGAAUACAUUUGUGUUCAAAACUGCCGUGGUCUUUAUGUGCAAAGAUGCGUCCAAACAGAAGAAGAAAAUGGGUGGCUCCCAUCGAUUGUCAGUGUCCUCAGAAGAAAAAGACCCCUUCCGGUUCCGUCACAUGAUCCCAACAAAGGCUCUCCAAGUCAGAUCACUAGGCAACACAGAUGGCGAGAAUUCUGCUGUGUGUGAAAUUGUUCACACAAAAUCAGAAUCGGAGGGAAGGCCAGAAAGGAUAUUUCAGCUGUGUUGUAGUUCCCCAGAGAGCAGAAAAGACUUUCUGAAGACGGUGCAUUCCAUCUUGAGGGAGAAGCAUCGCCGACAGCUCCUAAAAACGGAGAGCUUACCUCUCAGCCAGCAGUAUGUGCCAUUUGGAGGGAAACGGCUGUGUGCCCUGAAGGGAGCCCGUCCAGCCAUAAAUAGAGCCGCUUCUGCCCCAACCAGGACACUGGGCAGACGGAAGUUGGUCCGUAAUCGCUUCACCAUAGACACCGACAUUGUUUUCGACAGAGACCACGACCAGCAUGACCCCACGUCACCUGAAGAAUCCAACUCAAGAAAGCUGCAGCAGAAAAGCGAAGCAGACGAGCAGCAGCAGUCUGAGGACGGAGACACGGACCGCUGGGUGGAAGAGCAGUUUGACCUAGAGGAGUACGAAGACCAAGAAGACAUGAAAGAGACUGACAUCCUGAGUGACGAGGAUGAAGAGUUUUGCCAGGCCCCCAAGGCUCAGUCUGAAGAGGUUGAUCUGGAAGCGCCAUUGAAAGCUUUGUCCUUGGAAGGUGCAGAACCAGAAGAAGCAGAAAGCGAGAUCUCUAAGUCGCCGUCUCUCAGCGACACGCACCAUGAUGAGAAGCUAUCUGACAUGGAGGAAGUUGACAUUACUGAUGACAUGGAGGAUCAGAAGACAAAAGGGAAGGAUGAGGUUUGGGUAAGAAGGGAGUCAUCAGGCUCAUCCCCAGACUGAUCCGUGGACCGUAGAUGGCGUGCCGUAUAAAGAUGCUUCAUUUGCAUUGAUUUAUAUUGCACAGCUAGUAGAAUAAAUCUGUAUCUUUACCUUACUGUUGCUAAAUGCUGGUUGUACAGGUAAGAUGGUUUGGAAAAGCAAUAAGGAAUCCACAUUGACCGAGCAUCAAAUCAGAUUUUUUCAUAAAUGUUACAUUUUGGCUUUGAAAGAUGAACCGGCGGUACAAUCACAUAAUCAUGUGCUCUGAUUGGCAUUAUUUGCUCAUUCGGGCAGCAAUUUAUAGCUUUGCCUGCUGUUGCCAAAUCUGAUCGUUGUAAGAACAAUAAUUUCAGUUUUGUCUGUAUCGCAGAGAUAUUAUCAUAGGGCUUUGUAUUAUUUGUCCGUAAAGAUAUAGAUUAAUGAAUUUCCGAUCUAGUCUAGUUUAAUGUAGGCUAAUUGUACAUUUUCACAUAAAAACUCUUACUUGGAUCGUGGUAUUCACUGUUUGACAGACUUCAACAAUAGUUUGAUACUUUAUUUAUCCUGUUACUUUUAAAAACAAUGUUGUAAAAUGGAUUUUUAGUUGUUUCGAUUGAACAUAUUCCUGUUUUACUUGAAUUUGUUUGAGUCGUUCCUUGUUUUGGUUUUACCAUGAAACCAUUUACAGAUGUAUAUAUUUCCUGUUCAGUGUUGCCAUGCAGACACACACACACGCACACCCACCCAACGCUUCACUGUAGAUAAUUCACGCGUCUCAAGAAUUUUGGAUCCUUAGCUGCUUGUUUUUGUUGCAUUAAAAUACGGUGGUUUUAUUUAUUUAUGUAUAGAUAGUUGUUGGUUACAAACUUGACGUUUUUUUUUUUGUUUUUUUUUUAAAGAAAGUCAAAAUUUGCUCAAACAAUCAGGGGAAAAGACUUGGAAGACCUAAAUCAAGGAAAAUGUUAUACUUGUAAACAAGUUAUUGUGCUACUAAAUGGCUUUUUUUUUACUGUGUAAAUAUAUAUAUGAAAUGGAUUCAUAUAAUAAUAAAUACAAUUGUUUCCUA